AUGACCGAUUCACCACACGACGGCUUGUUUGCAGAUACUACAACCGUACAGUCAAAGGCACUACAGCCCCUGGGCAAGCAGAGACGCUUCGCCUACAUCUCACUGCUUACGCGCUCGACGUACUUGGCCGGCGUCGUGCUGUUGGCACACACGCUGAGGAAGCAAGGCUCCCAGUAUCCUCUCAUUGUUCUGUAUACCCCUUCACUGACACAAUCAGCUAUCGACGCCCUCGAGCUCGAAGCUAAGUACUCGGACAUCGAGCUCAAACCCUGCGAGCUGCUCAUACCGCCAGAGCACCACGAGCUAAACGUCGCGGUCGAACGCUUCACUGAUACCUGGACGAAGCUCCGCGUCUUUGAACAGUUCCAAGAUGGCUAUGACGCGCUCUGCUACCUCGACGCCGACAUGACAAUUCACAAGAACAUGGAUGCUAUCUUCGACAAUGUUGAGGAGCUCCCGCAAGGCUGGAUCGCUGCCGUUCACGACUGCGUCUGCAGCCCCGACAAGAUGCCAUGGACUCCAGAGGAUCACAACCAAGAGAACUGUCCAUUGACUCCACAAUACCACUCCAAGGCUUUGACGCAGCCGAUGAUUGUCAAGACCACAGGCCGACCGACAUAUCAGCUGUUCAAUAGCGGCAUGUUCCUAUUUCGUCCUCGGAAGCAGCUAUGGCAGGACAUACUUCAGUUUUUCAACACCACCGAUCUGCUUGGCACCUUCAAGUUUCCAGAUCAAGACUUUAUGACACACUUCUUUCGUGGCCGUUGGAUGUCUGUCGGUUGGCAGUACAACGCUGUCAAGACCAUGGCUUACCGGCACGAGAACCUAUGGCGCACAGAUGAGAUCGUGUGCCUCCACUACAUUGUCGACAAGCCAUGGGCAAAGCGGAUUGGUACAGACGGAGUAGCAGGCUUCAAGGGUCUGGAUGGUGACACACAUCGAAUGUGGUGGAGGGAGUAUGAAUCAUGGUUCGCUGAUCGUCAGGGUGACGGUCAAAUGGAAGUCAUCACAGUCAUGAGCAAGCAUGUUGCCCGACGCGAGAGCGAAGUCAGUGACGAUGCACGCCCAGACAUGGCAACUAUCGGCCAGGAGGUUCACAGCGUGAUUGAUGUCGUCAGUGGCAAGGAGUUCAUGCUAGAGGGGGAGAGACAAGUGGACGCUGCGCUCGACGCGGUAGCCGUCUCUCCCGUAAUAUUCUGGUGA